AUGACCGCGGACUGCCUAGCGUGCGCAGAGGGGAUGGACGAAGCCGAGUACUGCGCCAAACACCCUCAGAUGAUCGGGUGCAAGUGGAACGGCUGCGGUGGAUGCUCCGAGUGCAUAGCGACGGCGCGGCAAGCACGCGAAGCCUCCUGCAGGCCCUUCUGCACCACGAAGACCGACACCUGGGAGGACAAAUGCAUGUGGAAUGGGUGCGGAGCAUGCGACGUGUGCCCUGGGCUAACCGUGCAGCCUCGCCCACCGCCUGCUGCAGCGCCGGCGGAGUGCAAGCCUUUCUGUGUCGACAAGACCGAAGGGUGGACCGACAAGUGCAACUGGGGCGGCUGCGGUGGAUGUCCGGCGUGCCUCCAGCCUAUCCCUGCCCCCACCGCGCCGGAGGCUAGCUGCAAGCCUUUUUGUGGCGGGAAGACUGACUUGUGGGAGGAGCGGUGCACGUGGAAUGGGUGCGGCGCAUGUGUGGAGUGCUCGAAGGAGCGCUAG